ACACACACACACACACAUUUUUGUAAUAAUGACAAUUGCAACAAUACUGAAUGAACACUUUUAUUUUAACUUAAUAUAAUACAUAAAUACACACACGCACACAGCUCUGAAGUGACAAUGAUACUGAAGAGUCUGCUUAGGAGACAAAUACUCUCAACUGUUUGAGUAAAAAUAGAGUUUAAGUUACCUGUGAUGAAUGUUGAAAACAAAAACUUUAAUUUCUAUAUGCAGGAAAUCCUAUUUUAAUAAUGGGCAUGGUAAGAAUUGACAACCAAAGUGCGAGUCAUAAUUCCCAUGACAACUAGCAAAAUCUGAAAAGCGGUUCCUUCAUUUAUUCCAUAGGAUAUUUUUAGAUUCACUUAAAAUAAGGUCUGUGUUUCGUGUAGGCUUACAUCACCGUGCCAAUUUUAUAACUGUGUAGAUAUCCAUAGGACAAGGUAACUCUGAUCAAUAUUGGCUAAUUAUAAGCGAAGAUAAAAAAAAAAAUUGAAGAGUGGAUUUAUGAAAAUAUGUUGACGAACGUUACCUUAUCCUAGUGAGAUUUACACGGGUAUCAAAACGUCGAGGCGGUUUAAGCCUGCACGAAACACAGACCUUAUUUGAAGUAGAUCAAGACAUUCUCUAUGGAAGACAUGAACGGUAAAAUAACAAAGGAACCCCUUUCAAAUUCAGCCGCAAGUUAUCACAGGAAUUAUAACGCGUCGACUAUUUCUCUCUAAACCAUAUACCUUUGACUAAUCCAGAAACUAUCACCUCGAAAACAAAACGUUUAUUCCGUUCCGUAUUUUAUCUAACGAGUCUAAAUAUUCCUGUUACAUUGCACAACCUUCAAUGUUGUCAUAAUUACGUAAAGUUCUGGCAAAUUAGUUCGCAAAGAGCCAGGCGGCCCAAACUGUUGCAUAUACCCUGACUCUGCGUGCAAUGAACGCAAGAGAAAUGACACAAUUUCACCUGGUUAAUAUUGCCUGCUAACCUGGAUUUCUUUUAGCUAAAUAUGCAGGUUUAAAAAUAUAUUGAUUUUAAGAAAGGCAUUGAUGUUUAUGGUUAAGUACACAUUGGAGCAAUGACAGUCAUUGAUUAAUUGUUUUUUAUAAGAUAAGUUUAAUGCUAGCUAGCAACUUACCUUGGCUUACUGCAUUCGCUGACAGGCAGGCUCCUCGUGGAGUGCAAUGUAAUCAAUGCAAGAUUGAAUCCCCCGAGCUGACAAGGUUAAAAAUCUGUCGUUCUGCCUCGUAGUGCACUAUAAAGGAAAUAGGUUGCCAUCUGGGAUGCAGCGUUGGUCUCAGGCCCUGGCCAGCCUCUGGGACACAUAACACAAACACUCAUAUUCCUCUCAUGACGGUCUAACUAUUGAUUAGCCCAGUAGUCUCGGACGGUUGACCUCCACAAUAGCACUUUGGUCAGAGUUAAUUGGCAGGCUGUGAUUGGUCUAAUAUUAGAUGAUAUGUUAAAUGCCUUGACAGAGUUGACGUCCUAAUACAUGGUUUGUCCCUACAUCUCGUAUUACUUGGCAAUCUCACGUGGAGUUAGGCCUACUCAUCCAACACAGGAGUGCAUAUUGAUGCUGUUAUUAAUUGGAGAAAGAGUGACAAGAAAAUCACUAUGAGACAUUGCGCCCCCAGAUUAUACCGACAGCCCCAAUCUGGGGGUCCGGCUCAUGGACUAUGUAUUUUGGUAUGUAGUUCUGUCAACGUAGUGGGCUGGUGUUGUAUCUGCUGAAGGUCUAGCUAGUGUUUGAAUGUGUUUCUUGUGUGGGAGGUCAUUGGCAGCCCUGUCGGCUUCGUGAUACUCCUUUCAUUUUUUCUUCUACUCCCAAGGGAAGGAAUGAGUAAAAACUCUGUUCUCCUCCUCCUCCUUUCAGAAAUUGUGGACCACAUAGAAAGACUCCAAGUGCUGAAAGAAAUAGUAAGGAAGUUCCCUGCAGUGAACUACGAGGUGUUUAAAUACGUCAUCACUCAUCUGAACAGGGUGAGCCAGCAGAGUAAGACCACCCUGAUGACGGCCGACAAUCUAUCCAUCUGCUUCUGGCCCACGCUGAUGCGUCCCGACUUUGAGAACAAGGACACACUCUCCACCACCAAGCUCAACCAGUCUGUCAUCGAGUCCUUCAUCCAGCAGAGCCACUACUUCUUCUACGGUGGAGACAUCCAGGAGAGCUCCAGCACCGAGAGCACCCCACCACCCCACCACUGUCACAGCAUGGUGGAGGCCCUGAGGCCCCUGCAGCUGCCCCCUCCUCUCCAGCCCCAGCAGAUCCAGCAUAGUAUGUCCCUGCAGCCUGAACCACUCAUAUAGACCCCCCCACCCAUCCCCCCAAGCCCCAGGAUUGGAGGACCCAGGUGGGGUAGGUAUAAGGCUGGGCUGGUGGGGGGACAUAGGGGGAUGUGAUGUGUCCUCCUUUCCCUUCCCUUUGGAGUCCCUCUGACUGCAAAACAAAACAACAACAUUACUAAAUGAUCAACUUUGUUCUCUGCUCCCCUUUCUGGGCGACUGACUGGAUUCAGGGGUGACUGACUCAUCGAGCUAUCCCCCAGGAACAAAAAACAUUCAGUGCUGUACAGUAAUACACAGUAAUAAAGAUGCUGUAUGCCUCCAGCAGAGGGACAAAAACAUGCCAUGCAAAAAUGAUUUGCUAAAUUCUACAACACCUUGCAAAAUAUAAGGAAAAUAUAUUUAUACUAGUUGUGCUUUGUUUUUUUAAACCCUUUAUUCAUUCAAGUGAACUUGACGUUAGAUGAUGCACCAUCUGUUAUGAUACUUCUACCAGCGUAGAUAUUCUUCUGCUUGUUUAUUUUUCUAUGAUUUGGCGAUGAUGAUGAUGAUGAUGGAUUCUUGUAUUUUUACCAGUAUGAUUUACAUUUUUAUCUGAAUGGUUUGAGGGACAGAAAGACAGUGAACGUUGGCAGGCUUUGUCUCUCUACCUGCUCCCAAUGCCUCGCACUGUUUGGGAGGGAGGGGACUGUACGUGAAAGACUGAUGCUGUACUGCACCAGACCGGGACAUAAGAUAGACAGACAGACUCGCCUCCUAUCUCCUAUUGGAGCAGAACUCAUGCAAUUCCUGAAGCUUAUGAAGGAAGCAUCCUACUACUGGAACCCUGCUGGCACAUCUCUGUGUUAACUCUGAAAUGAACGCAUUGCAAAGCAGUCUCAGUCUCUCUUGUUUUGUUUUGUUCAACAUUUUUUUGUUUAAUUGAUGAAAUGUCUUGGCGGUGGUGAUACUCACCAAUAAGAGACCUUUGUGUUCUUCUGUUUGUUCAACUAAAUUUGCAUGUAUUUUUUUGCCUCCAAAAAAUGAACAAUAAAAAAAAAAGACUGAAAUUACAACUCAAUAUUAACCGCUUUCAUUCAGGUGAUAUUUUUUUAUCUAACUUGAUUGAGGGAACAUUGAAACAGGGCUGAAAUUGUAUCUAUUGUUCAUUCAUUAUUUUUGCCAUGCAAGUUAACUCUUAAUAUCAUAUUUUGGUUAUCUGUCUAAUUGUUUCCCUUAAAUAGAGGGGGGGAAAUUAUAUAUAAGUGUGUGUAUAUAUAUAUAUAUAUAUACACACACACAUAUAUAUAUAUAUUUAUCAGCAGAUAAGAUUGCUGAUAUAGCAAAAUACCAUGGGGUACUGAAAUUCUGUAUAAUCUUGUAAAACCUACUAUAAUCAGAUUUAUUUGUGGUAUGAUGUACAAAAAUGUUUGGGCUAGAUUAAUUGACUGUACUUAUUGCCAUUCAUCUUAUGAAUAAAGAACCAUUGCUUCUUUGUAAA